AAGAGAGAGAUGGCGAUGAGAGAAUGCCUUAACUUGACGGGAAUUCCAACCACCAGAGAGGGUAUUUACGCGACCAACAACCAGUUCCAGAAAGCUGGUCCUAAGGGUUUCCAUAACGUCAAGGUUCUGAACAACAACAACCUCUACGUCCGCGUUGACUUGCCAGGCGUUCCAGACAACGGUGUUCGCCACAGAAUCGACGCCGUGAGGAAAAAGCUUGUGUUUUUCUCCGGCGAAACUCCCGACGACGGUAACACGAAGGACGGUGUACGUGAGUACUCUGGAUCCGCCGGUUUGGGAUGUGACUGCUGUGAGAUCACUGACGUGGAUGCCAAGAUGAAAGAUGGAGUCUUGAGGUUGAUUGUCUCAAGGGUCAAAGUCAAGGAUCAUGACAAGAAGUGUACCAACACUGUCCCUCCUAACGCAUGUCAAACUGGGAGACACUUGGAGGAUCAUCCUUUUGUGGUGAAAGGUCGUAAGAGAGCCUUUGUUGGAGCAGCCCUACCUGGUGAUGGUGUCUACUUUGCAGUGGAUAUACCUGGAGUUUGUGGUGAGGAUGUUGAAGUGUUUGCUAAUGAGCACACAGUGAAGUUCUACGCAGAGGUGAAGAAUGUGUAUGAGCAUGAUGAGAGUGGCCGUGUUUACUUGGGAUGCGUCAACAGUCGUUCUUCCUCGUCUGACCCUCUGCCUUCGAUUUUGACUCAAAAGAUAGCGUACGAGGCAGAGUUUGGUGUUCUCAAGAUUGUCAUUGCACCUCGCAGCAGCUAG